GAUAUGUCAGAGGAGAAAGAAAAAAUUUUACUACGAAGGAGAAAAAGUUUUUAGAAUGAAUUUUUUAGUAAAUUAGUGCAAUGUAUCGCGAAUAAAUAUAAUCCUGAUUUUUCUUCGCUAGUGUAUACAUUUGAAAAAUGUUUCAAUAGAAACCAAAAUUACAUAUAAGAUCAAGAACAAAGUGAUUUAAUUAAAAUGAAUCGUCAUCAAGUCUUAAGUGGUGCCUGUAAUGCUGGAGAUCGGUGUUAUGCAGUUGGAUCUGUCGAAGGAAUCCCCUUCACGGCAUAUGCAGCAGGGUGUAAUAUUGUAAUCUUGGCCAGCACAUUUGAACGUGUGCAAAUUAUCCCCGGAGCUACUCAUGGCUAUAUCAAAAUAUCUGCUCUGGAUUGCAGCACGGAUACAGGAAAAAUUGCUGCGGCUUAUGAAGAUAAAAUCUGCAUAUUUGAGCCUACUCCUGUUAUUCAAAAUGAAAGACCAUCAACCCAUAACCUUGAUUAUAGAUGGGUACAAACUGGAUCUUUUUCAAACAACUCGAAUGUAACAACUCUAUCAUGGAAUUUAGAAGGCACACGUCUACUAACUGGCGGUGGAUCGUUGCAGAUGUGGAGAGAAAAAGUUUCCGAAGAUAAUGAGUCAACAGGAGUGAAAUUUGAAAUUGGUGGUGGUGAUAGGGAUGUAAAAACUCCAACCAAUGAGUCUAAUAGCAAUGAAACCGCCUGGGAAUCCAUUUGGAGCUGUCAAACCGCUAUACCUGUCUAUCACAUGGCAUUUAGUCCAGAUGGAACACUUUUUGCCACAUCAGGUCGCAACGAUCGUCUAGUGAAGAUUUGGUACGAGAAUAAGCAUGUUCUUUUCCCAACGAAAAGUUUUGAUGCAUCACAAUUUCGAUCAGGUACUUUCGAUGAUUCGGAUUUAAAUUACACCUACGUAUAUAUUGCUCAUCCGCGAGCCGUAACGAAUAUUUCCUGGCGAAAGACCAGUAAAUAUAUGCCCAAAGGAUCUGUUUCGAAUAUGCUUGUUACAUCAUGCCUGGACAAUAUAUGCCGCAUAUGGAUAGAGACAGUUCUUCCCGAUGAUGGUUUGGUCAAUAUGACUCAGUUUGAUCCUUUGGCUUCACAGAAUCCUAAAUUCAGAACACACCGACACAAACACAGAUUCAUGCAACGUUUGAAACACAUGAAAACAUGUUUCCACAUACGCAGACAUGCCAAAAACGGUGCAAUCAUAGGGAAUUUAGCUAACGCAGCCGGAGACUCGCCGUUUCGACAAGGUCCCAUACCAUCGCUACCAUCAUCGUAUAGUGUGCAUGAUUUCCACUCAUACGGGUUCCAUGGCACCGGUGUAAGUCCUGGCAUGCAUUUCCAUCUAGCCGCGUCGAUUAAUGCAGAAACAGACAUCCCCCUGGUUCCUUCGAUGCAAACUUCUGAUCCCUCAAAUCAAAACAAUUUUAUCCUGCAUUGGUUAAACAACAAGGAAAUGCAUUUUUCGCUUCAAGCUGAGGGCAUUCUGCAGGAACUAACACGCAAAAUAAUUGAUAGAGAAGACAAUAAUAACAAAACUACGACAAAUUUAAACGGCCCUGACAGUCACAACAUGCAUAUGGAAGACCCAACAAUAGAAGCCGAACGCCGUGAAGAUGCAAAGAAAAAAUUCGCCAAGUCCGUUCAUAAGUCGUUUUCUAUUGAUGAGAGCAACAGUGAUGAGCAUUCCAGCAGUAAACAUUCCGGUCAACAUGGUCCUCAUGGUGGCGCAUCCCAUUUAAAUUCAAUUUCGAACACGACUUCAUUGAAUUCCUUGGCGCCCGACAAUAACCCAGCAGGAGGGCAUAUAAUCGACUCCUUGGAUAUGAAAAUCGAUUGUUUGCUGAGAGAUUGGCAUCACAGUCCUGAUUUAUUGUACUCAAUCCAUCCCAUCGAUGGAAGCUACUUAAUAUGGGUGAUUGAGUGGUUAGACGACUACUAUCCAGGAUCUUUUCGUCAGGCCCAAGUUUCGUUCUCGACAAGGAUUCCAGGAGCCUUCCCAUUGGGCGAUGCCAUGUCUAUGUCUACAAUGGUUAGUCUAUACAACACUGGAGCGAGUCCAUUGAAUUUCCGGGAAAUGGUUAAAUCUGUUAAGAAAAAUGAAAAUAUUCCUGAUGAAAACGGAAAAGACCCACAAAGUUUGUCAAUUGUGUCUGAGGAACAAGAAGUCGACGAAGACGAAGAAAACAAUGAAGGGGCAGAUAAUGAGAAAAAGGAGGACACAGGAGAAGACCAAUCGAAAGGCAGUAAUUCAGACGAUAUGGUUAAUACCACGCCGUCACCGACAGUUUCGAUGGUUACCAAACAUUCAAAUGGAACUCUAAACUUAUGGCAGUUGACUUUCUCCUAUAAGACAAAGUUUACUCAAGUUCUGAGCAUUGGUCAUGUGUGCCGUGCUUCUGGUCACAGAUUCCGAGUAAAUGACAUUACCUGUCAUCCUGUUUUGCCUUUAUUGGUAUCUACUUCUCAUCAUAACAUUCCUGACGCCAACAGCAGUGUUAUAAGUCCAUCUGAAAAGCAUCAUAACUUCAACAAAGACAUAUUUGCUCCAGCUGGUUUUUGUUCUGAAUUGAUUCUUUGGCGUGUAGACGCAGUUGGUCCACUAUGCCAUUCAGGAGGAGUCAGCGAGUUGGCUCGAAUAAAUUCACCCGAAAUAUCGGCGUUUAGUAAUGUUGCCUGGAUUCCAACACUUCUUCCAAGCACAACACUAGGAUCUUACAGUAAUUCGCCAUCGGCUUGUUUCGUUGCGAGUGAUGGUGAAAACUUACGCGUCUACCAAGCUGUAAUCGAUGCUCGGACAUUACUGGCCGAAAUAUCUUCAUCGGAGAGCAUAAGCAAAAAAGAGGGUUCCUUAACAUCUCUAUACUCUGAGGUUUCAUCGGAAAAUUUUUAUCACAGGGCUUCAUUGCAUGAUAAAAUAAAAAUUGUUUCUCAACAAUCAACUGCGCGUCCAGGUUGUAUCAUUCAACUAGAUGCACUCUCAGAUGCUAAGCACGAUUGGCAGAAUACGCAGUUCUUGCAUGUUUUCCAAGAACAACUAAUAACUGGCGAGAGAACAGACAAACAAAAGAGCGACGACGAGGCAACUAAUCAACCUGGUUUUAUGGAAUCCCAACUGAGUGCGAUGGUAGAUUUGCAGAGAAAUUCAGAGUUCGAGGAACCAUUCUACAUUGUUAUUAUCGAAAAGACCUUAAAGGGAAGCACCAUCCAUAUGUGGCGAAUAGUUAUUUCAUCUAAACCGCAAACCUCGUUUCUGUCGGAAUCGGCAAUGUAUGUACCCGAUUGUAAUCUUACUCAAGAUUUAGACGAUCCAGAGGUUACACGCAGAAUGUCUAUGGACAAUGGAAUAGCUGGCGGAGAGGCUGGAACUCAACCCGAGGCACCACACAUUUCUAUAGUGACGAAAAAAGUGUGCACCCAAGAACUUCCAAUGCCGGAUGGGGUGGAUGUUAUACACGCUUCACCUUCUGCCGGUCAUCUAAGCUCUUCCUCGAUUUACCCAGCAUGUUUUGCACCAUACAUUAUUGUCACAGCAUGUUCCGACUCAAUAUCACGUUUUUGGAAAUGCGAUGUGGUAACUGGUGAAGGAGGUGUUGGCGACCUGGAGACGACAAAAUAUGAAUGGUCAGAAUGGAAAAUGUUUAGUCGGCAGCAAGAUUCAGCCAUUGAAAUUUCGGGUCAGCCAUUGAACAUAAGUGCAGCCUAUUCAGGUCGUGUUGCGUGCGCCUACAAAUAUGGCAAAUCCUUUACAAGGCCCCACAAAGGUGACCCGGAUUCGAGAUAUAUCAAUUUGUGUGUGGCAAUAUACGAGUGCGAAAGUACUGGAGGAAGUGAAUGGGUUUUAGAAGACACCAUUCAUUUGAGAAACGUCCAUUUACCACGCAUUAAUAUUGAUCACAGUCUCGAUCUGAGUUACCUGCACGAUAGCAGAUAUUUACAAAAGAAGCAACGUCUCAAUCAAGUGAUUCAGACAUUUACCCAUGAAGAUAACAGGUCGCCUCGAAGUGGAGAAAUAACUCCUGAAUUGGGAGUUAAGCCAGCUUCUGGACUCCUAGCAGUACCGAGCUUUAGUACACUUCAAUCACUGAGAAAGAGUAUCACAGAAAAUGGAAACACGUGUCCAUUGACGCAAAAGCAUUUGGUUCAAUUGGAUUGGGUAUCCAAAGAAGAUGGCUCGCAUAUUCUUACUGUCGCCGUAGGUAGUAAAAUUCUACUAUACACCCCAGUGUCUAGUGACUUAGCACAAGCCAACAUGAAAGCUAUGAAAGAAUCGCGUUCCGCAAAUCGACCUAUACUCAGAAAAUCUAGUUCCUUAGCACAGCCACAUUUCAACGAUGAAAUUCGUUGGAUGAAAUUACGUCAAAUUGAUUUACAAACAGCCGAUGGGCUGCCGCCGCUUCCUAUGCAAAUUUCUUGGGUGCGUGAUGGUAUUCUCGUCGUUGGUAUGGAUUCGGAGAUGCAUGUUUACUCGCAGUGGAAACCGCGCUUUGCACAAGCAGUAAGCGUCGAAGAUCUAAUGGACACCCGAAAUUUGCGAGAUGAAGACUUACGUUCUCUUGCCAAUGAAACUUCCCAACGAAGACUGAACAAUGUACAGUCGAUGCCAUUGAUGAGCAAAGCAAGCACGGCUAAUUUGCAAUUGCUUUCGGUAGACAAGAAGAAAAAGUUUGGCAAUCUUAGUACGGCAAAUAUUCAGCCCGGUUCAGAUGCACAACAAUUCCACGAUUACAUGACAGACUAUGGUCUGUUUCAGGCUUCAAGAAUAGCCUGUCCAGUUUUGCCACAAUAUCAUCCAAAACAGUUAAUGGAACUUUUGAAUUCUGGAAAGAUUCGAUGGGUAAAGGCUAUUUUGGCACAUUUGGUGCGUUGCAUGAGUGGGCCAUAUUUGCAUGGGGGUGCUGCAGCUGGUGAUGAUGAAAGUGUGCAGAGGCAGCGUGCCUGGUCAAGAUCGAGAACUCUUUCAAUAAGUUUUGUUGGUGCAGCCACAAGUCCAAAUGAACCUCGAGGUUCUACAACACAGAUUCCUGAAGAACUGAUGUUAGACUAUGCUGAAAUUACUUCUAUUCCGCCGCUCCCACUUUGGGUUCUGUUGUCUGCAGACAAAGAAGGCUCUGGUCAGGGCAAACAACAAAAGGAAGAGGUAAAAGACUACGAUGAACUCUUCGAUAUGGACGCAGAAGAAGACAAUCUUGAUGAUCUACUUGACGAUGAAUCUGAGCCACGUCGCAACGAUCGCAGACCUUCCAUACCGGAAAAAACAGGUGUUGCUCACUUCGGACCUCGUCAAGGACAACUCUUGUCUAGAUUGCUUACACACACACAUCUCCCUGGUCUGUCGUCGCUGGAUCAGAUGCAUUUGCUUGCAUUGGCCGAUACCGUUGCCACAUGUAACACAGACUUCUCCGAAAAAUUCGCUAUCGACGCAGCAAAGACUGCUAUUGCCAAGGAGAAUUCCCACAAUGUCGACGAAACCGGACAUAACAUAUCGACAGAGUCUCUCGAUGAUUGUGCUCUCCGAUUUUUGCUCGCCAUGAAGCACUUUUCCUACUUAAUGAGAUGCCUUCCAUUGAAUCAGCGCUCACAUUUCCAAAAACAAGGUGUAGGUACUUCAAAUAUUGUGUGGGCUUUCCACUCAGAGGGCGAAGAGGAAUUACUCAACUUGAUUCCAUCGUACACAAAAGGAGAACUCAAAUGGUCAACUCUUAAGGAAUUGGGUGUUGGAUAUUGGUUGAAAAACGUUACCGUUCUAAAACAGUGUAUUGAAAAGCUGGCCAAAUCGGCAUAUCAAUCAAAACAUGAUCCCUUGGAUGCAGCUUUAUACUACUUGGCCAUGAAGAAAAAGUCAAUAGUCUGGGGUCUGUUUCGGUCGCAACGAGAUGAAAAAAUGACAUCAUUCUUCCAAAACAAUUUCAGUGAUGAUCGUUGGCGCAAAGCUGCUCUCAAAAACGCAUUUGUGUUGCUAGGCAAGCAGCGUUUUGAACAUGCAGUAGCGUUUUUCUUGUUGGCAAAUUCAUUGCAUGAUGCAAUUGAAGUUUGCUUGAAUAAAUUGGAAGAUUUCCAGUUGGCACUUGUUUUAACCCGCCUCUACGAAGGUGAACUGGAUGCUAAUACUCCAUCUACGUACAAAAAAUUGAUCAACGAGCAUCUUUUGGGUAUCGAAGCCGAUGGCAGCAGCGGCCAAGAUGUAAGCAAAGCUCAUCCAGAUCCAUUUUUACGUUCAAUCGGAUUUUGGAUUCUCAAGAACUAUUCUGCAAGUCUUAGUACUCUCCUCCUGAAUAACGUUGGACAAAACCAUCCUGCUUAUAAAGAUGAUGAUAGUCUGAAAAAUGAAAACUCACAGUCCACCAAUCCUAAUGUGUUUAACUUUUACAUUUACCUCCGAACUCAUCCACUUCUCAUCCGACAGCACAUCGCGUCAACAGCACAGGAAAAGAAGCUAACUCAAGUUAUUCUUUCCGGAUUCAGCUAUACUGGAGAUAUGGGAAGUGCAGGAGUGAGUGAUAAACAGUUGCAGCUAGAGGACAGUAUCACCCCCUUAGAACGGCAGCUAUAUUUUACUACUGCUCAUGCUCACUUUAAGGCUGGUUGCCCUGCCCUGGCUCUUGAGGUUUUAAAUAAGCUACCAACGAAAGUAAUAGACACUGCAGCUAAUAGUGAAGUUGCUACUCCGGCCGAAAAUGCAGAAGACCACUUGAUCAACACUGGAAUUAUAGACUGGGGUAAACCUGCAGCUCAACAAGCGCCAGCUGCUUCAGACAUUUUUGGCGGUUCAUCUGCAGAUUUCGAUUGGGGAGCUCCAGUGCCAGUUGCCGAAGAUGAAGGAUUUAAAAUCGACUGGGGUGAUGAAGAAACGAAUGUUGAUGACGAUGAAGACGAAGAAAACCGAAAAACACCAACACCCCCAAUUAAAAACAAUGAAUCAACGGACAAGCAAAGUAAUCAAGAAGAAAAGCCGCACGAAAAAUUGGACAUAAUGGCACAGCAGCUUAAAUUUGUUGCAUGCUUGAAAAUUCUCAUGGAGGAACUAUCAACGCUAGCAACGGGCUUUGAAGUAGAUGGUGGCCAACUCCGAUACCAAUUGUAUAUUUGGUUAGAACGAGAAGUGGAUGCAUUGAAACAGCUUUGUAAUUAUUGCAAUGCGGAAAAUGAUGCCUUAGAAAAUAAUCAAACAAUCGAAAUGACUCAGACAGAUAAAGACAAUAAUAUCACCUCACAAAAAUCAACUGAUAAACCAACUUUACAUGAAAUUUUAAUGCAAGAAAAACAAGACUUUGAAGCUAAAGUAAAGAGAGCAGCAAGGCGCAAGAGAUGGCUCAAAGCUAAUGAAACUCUCCUUCGUACUCUAUUGAGUUACUGUUCUCUUCAUGGAGCCAGUGGUGGUGGUUUGGCUUCAGUUCGAAUGGAAUUGGUGCUACUACUUCAGGAAUUACAACAGGAGAAAACACAACAGCAGCUGUUGAGUCCCCUACCUUUCCCAACAACCCUUCCUCUUUUGAGUGCAUGUGUUGCUGGUAAUAAGACUGUUAUAGCCGAUCCAAUUAAAUACUUGCAAUCCCACACUCAGGAUAUGCUUCAGACCGUCGUAGAUGUUCGUUCUCCAUUUAUUGGCGUCAAGGAAAACACCUACUCUGAGAUAUUUGUACUCCGUGAUUUGGCCAUUGCUCUGUCAUCGUGUAUAUACCAAUCACUUUGUGAUUCAGAAAGUUUUGUAGUGAGCCAAUCUUUAGUUUCAAAUGGGUAUCAAAGUCCAGGUAUUGAGAAUAUUGCCAAGCUUAACGCAUCCUGCCAGUGCUCUCAUUUAAUGGUCAAUGCAAAUAUUUACCAACGCAAGCGAAAAUAUUCAACUGACGAACCAGCUCCCGUAUGUACGUUACCAUCUAAAUGGCCUGGUGUUACCAAUUUAAGAGCACUUUUGGCUCGAGAAAAAGAUGAAGACAUACCAAGACUGACUGUACUUCUGCUUGAGGCUUUUGUUGCCACUUAUAUGUCUCUUAUGGUGUAUGCUUUAGCAUCAUGUGAUUGUCACAUUCUAUACCGAUUGAUUGGUCAGAAAUUUACCAAUUCUACAUGGUCGUCACUUUUCGGUGGAGGCAUAAAGAAACUUCUACGCAAGGCAACGUCACAAAGUCAUCUCACUCAAAGUUUCCAAUCACAAAGCUCUCAAGAUAUACCAGAUGAUAGUAGUGUUUGGAAUACCGUAACAUCUAUUACCAAGCAGCGGGUUAAACUUAAUAUGAAACUUCUUGGCACGUUCAGUAAUCCUAUUAACAGUUCGGUUAUGAAAGAGGAUAAGCCAACUUAUAGGGAACAAUUUGUUUCCCCAGAAAUGUCAAUGGUGUCGUAUUUCUUAAUAAAACCAUCCCAUUUGGAAUCGAAUGAAGAGGAAUAUGAUACUGACGAUUCGUACGCAUCAGAUGAGGAGGAAGACCCAGACGAUGAGGAAGUAUUCGGCGAUGCACUAAGUACAAAUCCAACCACAUUGAGUAAACCUAGAAAAGAUAAUACGGAGCAUUCAAAUCCGAUGUCAUACUCGUGGAAUAUUAUGCGAUUAGCUAUAAUUAAGCUGACGUCAUUGAAACUGCAAGAACUGAUUAAUAUUGCUGGAAUCGAAAACCAAGAACUACCUGUAGCAAGUCCACUUUCCCAUGAAGUAUUACGUAACCUUAAUCAUUGGCAAGAAAUUGUAACAGAAGAACUGUUGGCUAAAGGACCUGCACCUGCGGAUUUUAUUCCUGGUUGCUUUGUUGAAAAUGAAGCAAAGGGUCCUGCUAUCCACAAGUACAGAUCGUUACUUGAAAAACACAAUACACCAUUCCUGUCCAGUUCUUCAGCAGGACCAGCUAGACGCCUGUGGAACUAUCUUGUACGUCAGGAACAUGUACAAGAUAUAUUUAUAAGAGCAGUAUUUGGCAAAAAACGAUCAAAGGAUUGGGAGGGAACUUCGAACACUUGUUCAAGGCAUGAUUCAAAUGGCGGACAUGAUGUAGACUCGAAUAGCGAACAUUUAGGUUUACAACAUGAACCCAUUAGAAUCAUACACAAAGACCAGGAAUCAAUUUCGGCGUUUUGCAUUAACAAUGCUUCACCGGGUCUUAUGGCUAUAGCCACGCCUCGUGAAGUACAAGAAAUGGAUAUUUCCUUGCUUCUUGAAUCACCCAACUGGUGUGAGGAUGAAUGUGAAUAUGAUUUACUAAAUUUGUCCAAGGACGUUGACUCACUUCCAGCAACAGGAUUUUUGGUUAUUCAAGCCGCAGCGGACAAAAAUGCGGUAAAUGCAACUCCGAAUAUUCAAAACUAUGGAUCUUCGUCAAGCUAUCAACCGACAAUUGGCAGCCAAUCAGGCCGUGGAACAUCGGUGAUAAAAGGAGCCAAUUUUCCAGGUUGUCACGAUCCAUGGUAUUGCAAAAUGGUUUUAGAACAUUCUAAACACUUGCUAAAACCGGUUAUGAAACAUAAAGUAGAUAACGUUAAGCGAAUGAGUUCGCAUCCUUUGAUGCCAUUGUAUCUUACUGGAGGGCAAGACGGAUCGGUUCAGUUGUGGGAGUGGAGUCAUCAACAAGUUGUUUGCACACCCAGACCACCUGGUACAUUUGCCAAGGUUACACGAUGUAGAUUUUCACAACAGGGUAAUAAAUUCGGUAUUGGUGAUGGUGAUGGAAACCUUAGUUUGUGGCAAGCUGGUAUUGCCGCGCAGAGUAAUCGUUCAUUUUUCACCCAACAAUGCCAUAGCAAGCUUCUUGCUGAUUUUGUUUUCUUGGGGUCUUGUAGUUUAGUGGCUUCAGCCGGUCAUAGUUCGGAGAACAAAAAUGUUGGUAUAUGGGAUACAUUGCUUCCACAGAAAAAGUCACUGGUGUCAUCGUUUACUUGCCACGAUCAAGGAGCAUCUAGUUUAAUCUAUGCACCUCAGCAUCAAGUACUCAUUUCCUCUGGCAAAAAGGGAGACGUUUGUAUAUUUGAUGUUCGUCAAAGAACAUUGAGACACAGAUUCCAGGCCCAUGAGAGUGCAAUCAAAUGUAUGGCAAUGGAUCCUCACGAAGAACUUUUUGUAACCGGAUCAGCGGAAGGUGAUAUUAAGAUUUGGAGUUUAACUCAUCAUGCGCUGCUAUAUGCUUUUACUGGGGAACAUGCUAAAAGUAGUUUCUUCAAACACAUUGGCCAAGGUGUUAGUCAACUGCAGUUAGACUCGCAGGGUCGUUUAUUUUCGUGCGGCUCAGAUGGUUCUAUGAAAGUGAGACAACUUUCUGACAGGGAUAAUAUUGUGCAGUCAUUAUACUAACAACAGGUCCUACUAUAACUGCAACUAUAAGUCUCGUCUCUUAAAAACUGUUUAUCGCCCAGUAUCCCAAACUACCACUCUCUUAAAGGGAAAACACUGAAAACGAAUACCAAAGUUAUUUACUAAUAAUUAAAAAAAAAAUAUAUAAAAAAGAAAAGAAAAGUUGUUAAUUUUGUCUGCAUUAAUAUAAAUAUAUAUAUAAAUGUAUUUACGUGUGAAUUUUACUUGUAUUUCGUACAUAUGUUUCCUAAAGAAAGAAAAAACGUUUGUCCUGUUUGAAUUUGUUACUAAAAAUAUACACAAUUUUCAUAAAAUAAAAAACAACAAAAAUUAUAAUUAUUCACCCUUUUCGAAAUCAGUCAUUUUAACCUUACCAAGUUUUAUUACCUAUUCUCCUCCUACAUUUAUUCAUGUUUCCCAAAUUAAAACAGAAAACAAAACAAAAUAAAAUAAAAAAAAAAUUAAAUAAAAUAUGAAUCAAUUCUUAUGAAGUAUUCAAGCUUAGGUAAAAUAAUAAAUAAAAUAAUAAUAAUUAUUGCAUUAUAUAAUACAACUUAUUACUAGCAUAUAUUAAAUAAUAAUUUAUCUAAAUUAAUGGCGAACAAAUUUACUGUUGAAGUGCAAUCAAAUUUUGAAAAAAAAAAAUUAAAAAAACUAAAGCAAACCAACUGAACCGUGAAGGAAAGACAAUUAUUUUGAGGAGGCACAGUAUAACCAAAUAAAUCAUAAAGAGUUGUUGUAUUUAUCAAAAGAAUGAUAGAAAAUGGAAACAAAUAAAUAAAAUACUUAUGUAUACAUUAACUACUAUUUACAUUAUUGCCUCGAACUAAGUUAAAUUGCAAAAUGAAAGAGAUACAAAACAAAAAAUAGAUAAUUAUCGUGUAAAAGCGAAUUGUUUAAAUAAUUAAAAAUAUAAAACAAAUAUGAAUGGAGACUAGAGAAGUGUGUAGAGUGUCUUGACUGUUUGCUUAGAUAUUUGUUUUGGUACAAACGAUCUUGUCCUCUUUUUUAGAAAACAAAGCGGUUUUAAUUUUGUGUUCUAAGACGCCUUCAAUGACAACAAAAAUUAUUUAAACACCAACUAACCACAUCAGUUAACUAUUCAUUUUAACCUCGGGCUUUGAGUUUUGAAAAUUGUUUUAUAAUAAAGACUUCGUCAUACAAGAUCAGAUGUUGUUUAGUUAGUUAGAUAAAUAGAUAUUUAAACAAGAGACAAUAAAAGAAAAACAAAUCUGUCAAUUAAAAAUUGAUUUACUUAACAGUUCGAAAGUCAAUUAUGUUAAGUUUCUUUUUUUUUUCAAAUCAAACGAGACUUUACAACUUGAAUUUUAAAAUAGCAUUCUGCAUUCAGGAUUGUGCUCCUACUUAUGAAACUUCUGAAACUGCUGCUAUCAACAAAGAUCGUUAAAUAUUCUUCUAUCUGCCACCCAAAGUAGAUUGCAUUUAAAUGAUAUUAGACCUUAAAGGCAAGCAAAUAAUAGAAAACUAUGUAGCUUCCUUAGAAACAUUGAAGGUUAACUUUAAUAGAAUAUCCAAGAAAGGAUUUAAUUGCGAAACUUAGCUCUUUGCAAAUGGGUUUACUUAAUCUUUUUUCACUUUUAAUGCAAUUAUCUACGGAGUCGGAGUUUUUAAGGUUCUUAGUAAAAAGAUUUUGUUAUUAAUAUUUUGCAGUUAUGCAAAUAAAAACCUCACAAAAAAUGAUUCUUAUUUGGACCAACAUAUAUUCAACGUUUCAUAGGGGACCAACAGUCAAGACACACUACAGUUAAAUAUAUAUAUAUAUAUAUUUAAAUAACAAUAUAUAACCAGUAAAGUCAAAUGAUAAAGUAUUAUAUUAUAUAUAUAUAUAUAUAAAAUAUAUAUAUAUUAUUUUUAUGGAUUUGUAUUAUAUAACAAUUAUUUUGUGUUUUAUUAUUUUUAAUCAUAUUUUGAUUUAAAGUUUUAUGUUUGUUGAAGUAAUUUAAAAUAUUUUGGUGUGUAAUUUUUUUAUCUGUUAUAUGUUCAAUAGUAAUUGUACUCUAUAUAAAACAAAAAUAAAUAAACUAUGCAUAGAAUAUUAUUAUUAUGUUUUUUUUUGUUUAUAUAUAAUUAUGUAUUGUAUUGAUUUAUGAAUAGCAUAUGUAUAACAGCAAUUCAAAGUCCAAUACCUUAUUUAAUGUUGUUUGCUUGCGACUAGAGUCAGAAAAGCACAGUCAGUAUAUGGUGGCAUGUCUUUUACAAGUAAAUACAAAAUGAAAAGAAAUGUGGUAAAUUUAAUCUCCCCGUAAAAGCAAUAAUUUUUUAAAUUGACUUUGUUUUUUAUUUUUGAACACAAGAUAUAUCAACACAAUAACGUAUUAUUUUUAUGUAUAUAAAAUUUAAUAUACGAAAUUGAAUUUUAUAUACCUAAUUUUUUUCGCAAUAAUGCUUUGUUAGUUUUACGAAUAAAUUGUUUUAUGUUUUCUUUUUUUUUCAAUAAUUUGUGUUUGUAAAGAGAAGAACAUAUUUCAUUAAUUAUAUUAAGCUGUUAUUAUGAUUGUUAAUAAAAAUUUAUUUAAACUCAA